UGGCGUGCGUGCGUUGGCCUGGGAAGCACUGGACUUGUGAGGUGUGCGAGCUGUAGCAGUGAGAGACUUCGGCGGACAUGGCUCCCAGCGUGCCAGCGGCAGAACCCGAGUAUCCUAAAGGCAUCCGGGCCGUGCUGCUGGGGCCUCCCGGGGCCGGUAAAGGCACCCAGUUGGAGAAACUGAAGUUUGAAUGGCUUGUUCUCUAGGCUACAUAGCAAGUAAUUUACAGAGCUUGCAUCUGAAUGACUCCAAAGCUCCUGCUCUUUCUGCUGCUAUCUACUGCCCCAGGCACCCAGAUUGGCUGAAAACUUCUGUGUCUGCCAUUUGGCUACUGGGGACAUGCUGAGGGCCAUGGUGGCUUCUGGCUCAGAGCUAGGAAAAAAGCUGAAGGCAACUAUGGAUGCUGGGAAACUGGUGAGUGAUGAAAUGGUAGUGGAACUCAUUGAGAAGAAUUUGGAGACCCCCUUGUGCAAAAAUGGUUUUCUUCUGGAUGGCUUCCCUCGGACUGUGAGGCAGGCAGAAAUGCUCGAUGACCUCAUGGAGAAGCGGAAAGAGAAGCUUGAUUCUGUGAUUGAAUUCAGCAUCCCAGACUCUCUGCUGAUCCGAAGAAUCACAGGAAGGCUGAUUCACCCCAAGAGUGGCCGUUCCUACCAUGAGGAGUUCAACCCUCCAAAAGAGCCCAUGAAAGAUGACAUCACUGGGGAACCCUUGAUUCGUCGAUCAGAUGAUAAUGAGAAGGCCUUGAAAAUCCGCCUGCAAGCUUACCACACUCAAACCACCCCGCUCAUAGAGUACUACAGGAAACGGGGGAUCCACUCUGCUAUCGAUGCAUCCCAGACCCCUGAUGUCGUGUUCGCAAGCAUCCUAGCAGCCUUCUCCAAAGCCACAUAUUGUCUUCUGAACAUGGAGGCUGAGCAUCUGAGAGCAGUCAAAUCUACUUCCCCAAAGAGAGACCAGGCCUAGUAUCAGAAGGCCAGGCGAGACUACACCACUGCUCAUCACCCUGCGGCGUGAUCCCUGCUCUUAGGUGCUGGGCAGAAGGGAAGGGUGGUCAGGGUGAGGAUGGUGAGGGAGGGCUGGUGAGGGGCUCAAAGGAAUAGUUGGAACACCAGCAGUGUUAUUGUAGUGUGGCAGUUUCUUUUAUACAUAGGUGGGAGUUUUUAAAGUGUAAGGGAAAAAUUAAUUUUUUAAAAAAUACCAUACUUGGAGGGUGGGGGUAGAAAUAGAGAGAUACAGUAUUAUUUCUAAGGAAUCGGGUUUUCAUUUACUCUGGACUGGUGAAAAUAUUUUUUAAAGCCAGUGCACUAAGACCUCAGCUUUUAUCUCAGAACCCCAUGGGUUCCAGACCAAGAGUACAGGAAAUCAAAUUGUUGUCCUGUGUGUCUAUAGCUUGCAACAGGGAGGCUUUGAUUACUGACCCUGGUUCCACACACUGUAAGAUCAAAACACCAUCUCCACAUUUGAAAGAGAUGUAAGGUGUAUUCACAGGGAUGGUGGCUCAACAAAUCAAGCAUACUGGAAUCAAGGGGAGGGGGAAGGGAAUGGAAUGAAAAGGGAGGCUGAUUCCCUUCCCCUGACUUACCACUGAUUUACUAGGCUACCUACUCUCAUGAGUAACCUCACAGCUACGCAGCACAUGCCACAAUCCCAUGCUCUUGCCUUCUUUUAUCUGCAGUGUGUGAAGGGACUCUUUUAAAUAAAUGAGCAAGUGUCCUAAGCUAUGUCAUCCAAAGAUUGUCCUUUCCAUUAUCAAAUCCUGUGACUGGGAUCACUCAACAGCACUGUGAUGUAUUAUUUUCAAUGAGGUGCCUUUCUUAACUGACCAAAUGCUGCCUUGUUUGGCCCCUAAAUCAAUAAAAUGUUAAAAUUUGUAUCCCCUGUUGUGGCAUUUUUUAAGAUAAUCUAAGCUAGAAAAAUGAUACUGAAUUCUGGACCUGGCUUGGAAGGAAAAGAAGCCCUUUCUUAUGGUCACUGACAGCUGUGUGGUAGGGAGGUCCAAGUAUGUGCACAUAAGAUAAGCUUGCAACCUCUGGACCUUCAGCUCCUAUGCAGGCUUUUCUUGAGCCCAGAGACAAGGCAGCUUGGUCUAGUGGAGCUAGCACUGUGCUUGGAGUUUAGGGGACCUAGGACAAAUCCCAGCCAGUUAGUUAUUCAUUCUGCUCCUGUUUCCUCAGCUGAAAAAGGAAGUUGGUUAUGCCACCUUCUUGGCCUUAAUGGCAUUAAAUGAAAUUUAUAGGAAGAAGGUUUUUGCUCAGUACCUGGCACGCAACAGACAAUGGAUAAAUGUUAGUUGGAUCCAGAUAUACACAGAAAAAUACCUGCUUCCUGCCAGACUGGAUAAUUGUUGAAUGGACACUUGUCCAUAGUCUAGAAAGCCAGUGCUUCUAAUCCCUAAGCCAGAUCUUUGACUACCUUUUCAGUUGCUUCUUUAGCACUCUUUGUUGCUUCUCUGUGUGUCCUAGUUUAAAUUCAUUUCCUCUCCAGCAAAAGUGAGCUUAAAUCAUUUGUCCAAACUAAAGCUCUUAUGCUUUUGGAAGGGCUGCCUUUGCAAGUGAGUUUUCUGAGAAAUGACUGUUGUUCCCAAAACAAGAGGGAGCUGGCUGGAAGCACCACUAUUCUUCUUUAGGCAUCUUGUUACAGAGAGAGGCAGGAUCUUCACUGACAUAUUAAAUCCUGUUCCCUGAACCAGCCUCUCCUUCUUCUGCUCCACUUCCUCACCUCUGCAGAGUCAUUUUCAGGUGUCAGCCUUACUGAUUUGUACUGAUCUGUUUGUUCCCUGAGCUUUUUAAACGCCCUAUGAAAAUUUUCUUUCCUCCGUCGGUCAUCAUGCAUCUAAUUGCGGGGAAAUGUUUGUCAAACCAGCCUGCGAAGCAGCAUGGUGUAGUGAGAAGAAUAAACAGAGAAGACUGGGUGA